AUGUCACGUAACGAAGAUAUUGUUUUGGACAAGCUUCGCGCUGAUAUCAAUCAUGUGAAGAAGCGAAGGGGCCAUGCGUCUCGGAACACGGCAUCUGCUGCAAACAAGCGUCCUCCGGACAAAACCGAGACUGUACAACAUUCAUCGGUUCCUCCUCUUGACAACCACCCGUUGACCCCAUGGUACCAAUUCCCCCUCUCACCCAUCAUUGGAAUUAUCAUACUUGUCAUCAUAAUCAUCUUCUUCAUCACUGGUGCAGCGAUAUUUCUCAAAAGCAUAACGCUAGAGUUCAAAGAUGCACUUUCCAGCCUCUUUUUCUCCGCGUGGACAUUCACUACUUCUCUCGCGCCGACCUUCCAUGCUCCUAUACCACAUAUCCCGCUAUCAGACGUUCCUCAAGAUGUGCCAUCUGUCUUUCGCUAUGUCAAAUAUUGGGGCCCAGCGUUGGAUAUCGAAUCCAAUGGGAUCGAGUUUUUGAGUGCCAUGGUGAAAGACUAUGGCUAUCCAACACUUCCUAUCAGGAAGGUGGAUCAGUUACAUGAUUUCAAUACAUACUUCAAUUCAGAGUUUUCGCCAUCUCUAGCUCAAGGUCGCCUAGAAAUUCGAUUUCUCUUGGAUGAUGCGAAGAGCAACCCCGUCAGUAACAUCUGGAACGACAAGAAAUGGUGGGAAUUUUGGAAACCUUGCUACAAAUGCCGUCUGCAAGCACAGUUCCAAGCACUUCUUGCCAUCUUUCAUGAAGCACAAGAAUCUCGAACGUCUCUUCACAAUAUCCUAGAAGAGAUAAACGACAACACAGUACACAAUAUACGGACCCAAACCUGCACGGUAGCAAAAGAUUUCCAACGCCAACACAUAAAGCAGGCUAGGGAAAUCUCUUCGUUCGACAGCAAGGCGCCGGAUGUUUAUCUCGUGCAGUUGGGUAGGACUGCUGAGACUGUUACUUUUGGAUGUAAGAUGGUUGAAGUGGAUCAAGAAAAUGUGCAAAGGACACUGGCUAUCAUGAUGAAGGAGUUGGAGUUCCUGAAGAACGUUCUAGGGUCGUUAGAGAGUAUCACCAGAAAGAUGGAUCGCGAACGGUUGGAGGUAGGGGCGAUUCAGAAGAGGGAAACUAAGUUUCUGGAGUGGGGAGAAGAGAGAUAUUACAUUACCUAG